AUGUAGGAGGUCAUUGCUGGGCUGGAGCAGUUCACCUUCACCUUCGAGAAGGAUGUAGAGAUGCAGAAGGGCACUGGACUCCUCCUGCCUUUCCAGGGCAUGGACAAGUGGGGCUCAGCUGUGUGCAACUUCUUUGCGAAAGGGCUCUGUGAGAAAGGGAAGCUCUGCCCAUACCGGCACAACCAGGGGGAGAAGAUGGUGGUGUGUAAGCACUGGCCGGGCCUGUGUAAGAAGGGCGACCAGUGCAGUUUCUUGCACCAGUACGAUGUCACCAGGAUGCCCGAGUGCUACUUCUACUCAAAGUUUGGUGAUUGCAACAACAAGGAAUGUCCCUUCCUCCACGUGACACCAGCCUUCAAGACCCGGGACUGUCCUUGGUAUGACCAAGGUUUCUGCAAGGAUGGGCCCCUGUGUAAGCAGUGCCACGUCCGUAAGAUCAUGUGCGUUAACUACUUAGUGGGCGUCUGCCCCAAGGGACCUCACUGCCAAUUUGCACAGGCUCAGGAACAGGAAAUCUGCAGCCAGCUGGCACGGAGCAUGCUAAUGAGCAGGUGA